AUGUCUGAUGAAUUUGCCAGAUGGGCUUCUCAAAUGAUUGAAAUUCGCGUUCCAUCACGUGUUCUCCAACUUGGUAUUGAUAUUUAUGAUUCACCUGGCUUUUUAGGUGAAGAUCCACCAAUUCUUGCUGAAAAUCUACUAAAACUAAUCUCUUCAGUACGUCCAUCACUUAUCUAUCUAUUUGAUAAUCCAACUGUAUCUGAUGAUUCUCGAAAAUACGAUAUAUUAACUAUUCUAAAAGAUAAUGAAGAUGGGGAUAUUGAAGAUGAAGAUCAACUAUUGAAUAAUGAACGAGAAAAACGAUACAAUCUAUUAAUCAAUGUCACCGAAAUUAGUAGUACUUUUUUGAAUGGACAACAUGUUCUAUUCGAUCAAUGCAAUUGUUUCGAUAUAUUCAGUUCACAAGGUUCAACUGAUAGGAUGGAAGAUAAAAUGAAACAACAUGCUUUUGAUAAUAUUGUUCGUUUUGCUGCUGAACAAGAUUUACAUAGUACAAAACAAGUUAUUUGUAUUGUAUUGGAUUUAAUCGAUGAUUUUUUUAAAUUUUAUUCUUAUUACUAA